CGUAUGUAUACGAUUAUUAUUAUUAUUAUUAUUAAUUGAGUUUAAUCGGAAUGGAUAUAAUAUUAUUGUGCAACAUUCCCGUUACCAGAACUGUGAUGCGUUCGUCUCGAGGCGGACUUAUAAUAUUUUGUAUACGAGAGUAUAGUCUGUUUUUGAAUUGAAAUCAGCGUACGUGAAAAAAGACCGUGUCAUUUACGACAUAUUUUUAUAUAAAUCUGAAGGAGUUCAGUUGUGCCCGGGAUGUCGUUUACGGCGUGUUUAUCAUUUUUGGCGAUAGCUUUGCACCUGGCUAAUGGAGGGUAUGUGUACAAAACCGAAUAUUUUACAGUACCGGUUGACCAUUUUAGUUUUACAAAUAAUGACACAUUCCGUAUGAAGUACCUCAUAAACGAUACGUUCUGGGAACGAGAAAACGGACCAAUAUUUUUUUAUGCUGGCAACGAAGGAGCUAUCGAAAUGUUUUGUGAAAAUACGGGUUUCAUGUGGGAGAUUGCUGAAGAGUUCCGGGCCCUAGUCGUGUUCGCCGAGCACCGUUACUAUGGCGUUUCGAUGCCGUACGGUAAUCGAUCGUUCGACGACAUCGGCCGGGUGGGCUAUCUGACCUCGCAACAGGCGCUCGCUGACUACGUGGACCUUAUCACUUACUUGCGGCACAACGGGUCGUACUCAAACCGUGAGCUGUACCAGACCGGCGACAUUUACGACACCGUCGAGGGCGGCACGCCUGCACCGUCAGCCGCCAAUCCGGUGAUCGCUUUCGGCGGAUCGUACGGCGGCAUGUUGGCUGCCUGGUUCCGUAUCAAGUAUCCCGCCAUCAUCGAAGGUGCUAUUGCGUCGUCUGCACCGAUAUGGCAAUUCACUGGUAUGACACCGUGUAAUGCUUUUUACCGGGUCACAUCAUCGGUAUAUACAGAUACUAGUGCCGAAUGUGGUUUGACGAUACUAGCAUCUUGGAAAGCUAUUGAUAACGUUACGAAAACGGUCGAUGGUAAGGCGUGGCUGUCUCAGAAAUGGAACUUGUGCUCACCGUUGACAAACGACAAUGACGUCUCGACUUUGAAAGAAUGGGUGUCUGAACUUUAUGUGAACUUGGCGAUGAUAAAUUAUCCAUAUCCUGCAAAUUUUUUAACACCAUUGCCCGGACAUCCAGUUAAGGAAGUUUGUAAACCAAUGAAAAACCAUAAAGAAGACGAUUUCACACUUUUGGGAUCAGUUUUCAGAGGAUUGAGUGUAUACUUUAACUAUACGGGUACAUCUAAAUGUUUAGAUAUUUUGACCUCUUCUGCUCCUACACUUGGUGAAAAGGGAUGGAGCUAUCAAAGCUGCACUGAAAUUGUUAUGCCAAUGUGCUCUAAUGGAAUAAAAGAUAUAUUCGAAAAAAAGCCGUGGAAUUUUGAAGAAAAUGCUAGAUAUUGUUUUGAAACUUUUGGGGUCCAGCCUAGUAUUUAUUCGAUUGAGAAAACAUAUGGUGGUAAAAAUUUAAACGCUGCUUCCAAUAUAAUAUUCAGCAACGGUUUAUUGGAUCCAUGGUCGAGUGGUGGAGUGUUGCAAGACAUAUCGAAGACGGUGCUUGCUGUGGUAAUACCAGAAUCUGCGCAUCACUUGGACUUGAGGGCCUCUCACGCCAAGGACCCAGAAAGUGUGAUUAAAGCCAGAAAAUUCUAUAAGAAUUGGAUUAAAAAAUGGAUAUUCCACUAUAAAAAUCAUCCGACACGAGGUUCAAACAACUCGUUUGUUAAACAACAAAUAGUUCUAACUAUUUAAGACGAUGUUAAUAUUUUUACAUGCUGACAAAAUCGAUGAUUCACUAUGAUGUUGAUUUAUUUCUUAAUGAUCAAAAAAUGAAAUACCCAAGUUUUUAUCUCACGUAUGUAAUAAAAUGUAAAUUGUUUUAAGAUAAUAUUCGACACAUUUUUUUCGGGAAUUCAAUUCGUUUGAUUUUGUAUUAUAUGUACUUCGACAUGUGCUGUAGUACUGUAGUUUAAAUAUUGUACUAUUUAGUAAUUGGUAAUGCACUAGUGCGUGAUUGCAAUUUCCAGUGGCGAUAGCCAGUAUACGUCACUGCAAGGGCCAAAGACUAUAGGAGACCAAUAUCGCAUACUACUCGUGUUUUAAAUGUUGUUAAUCAGGUAUGCUAGUUAACGCUUCUGUAUUAAAUGUUCAAUAUAUGAAUAUGUUGAA